UGGAUAUAAAGCCAGAAGACCCAGGAAGGAGCUGGUGUUGGGGAAAGGCUCACCUCUGGCUGCUGUGCAAGAGACAGUUUAUGCCCUCCCGAGAUGAAGCUGCUGCUGCUGUGUCUGGGGCUGACUCUGCUCUGUGCCCAUGGGGAAGGCAACGAUGUUGUGAGAAGCAACUUUGAUCUGGAGAAGCUUUCAGGGAAGUGGUAUUCUAUUCUGUUGGCCUCUGACAAAAAGGAAAAAAUAGAAGAAAACGGUAGCAUGAAGGUUUUUGUGGAACGCAUCCGUGCCUUGAAGGACUCUUCCUUGAGCUUUAAAUUCCAUACACAUGUAAAUGGAGAAUGUACUGCAGUGUCUUUGGUUGCAGACAAAAAAGAUGGUGGUGUAUAUGGCGUUGAAUAUGAUGGAUACAAUGUAUUUCACAUAGUGGAGACAGAUUAUGUUAGCUAUGCUAUAUUUCAGCUCAGGAAUUUCAAGAGUGAAGAAAGCUUUCAACUGCUGGAGCUCUAUGGCCGAGAACCAGAUGUGAGUCCGGAAAUCAAGAAAAGGUUUGAAGAAUUUAGUAAAGAAAAUGGAAUCGGUGAGCAGAACAUAAUAGACCUGACCAACGUUGAUCGCUGUCUCCAGGCCCGAGAUGGAAAGUAGCCUAAGCCCCCAGUGCUGAGUGAACGCUUCCCCACCUGGACUCUGCACCAUCUCUUCCUCAUCUGCGCCGCCUGCUGACAAGCUCUGUUACCCGAGUCCCACCGCACUCACACCUGAAGGUGUCAUCUGGCAUCUCCAGAUCUUCCCUGAUCGCCCAGGAGGGUUUCUCAGUUCACCAACAAGCAAAGCUUUUCUCUGAAUUUCUCUGAUUGCCAGACCUAGGGCAGCUGUGUAUGGAUAAGAGCUUUCUCUGCCUGUUCAAUAAAUGAUUAGCCCUGCA